AUGGCGCUCGAAACUGUUCAAAGAAGAAGAAUUCAAAAGGAUUACGGUUUGUUCGCUGAAAUUAAAUUAAAACAGAAUUGACGGUUUCAGACAACGCCGCCGGAGACAACUUCGUUAACAUCUCGAAAAGUAAUCGGCUGAGCUGUGAGGAAGAUCCUCUGAACAUGGACGGAAUAGAGUCCCUCACUGGGCAUCCGGAAGGUCGUUACUUCGGAGGCCUGAUUGGCAACAAGGAAAUCGUUGCGAUGUCUCUGAUGGCAGUGUCCUUGUACCUGAUCAACGGGGAACAUGCACAGACGGUGUGCACCGCCCUCACUUCCGUCCCGCCCGCCCUCUUCUCCUACCGAGUGCUCAUCAGUUCUCAGACGAGCAAAGACGGAUAUGUGAGCUCUCUUUCCCUUUUCGAUCACACAAUGAUUUCCCUCAGCACUCCAUUCUUUUCUACUGGACUCUUUAUGGUCUCCUGGCGCUCAUCGAUCAGUUCGUCGGCACCGCCCAAGGAUACAAUCUUUGCAAAGGCGGCCUCCUCGGAUUCGUGUUUGUCCACGCAGUCCGCUCGAAUUGGACCGCCGUUCCCCGCUCGUGGCAGUUCAUCGAAGAGGCCAGUUCUCCUCUGCUCACUUCGAUUUUCUCGAACUAUGGAUCCGACGGCUUCAUCAAGAACAACAACUCGUCUGGAUUCGUGCCGAGAACUCCGACGAUGACGCACUUUUCGGACGACGACAUGGAAUACAUGCUCCCCGAAUCGAGUGAACCCGUUUUGGAGACCAUGGAUGUGAACACGGCCUGCAGUUUCGGACCUUCGUUGGCAAUGCAGUCGACUCAGAACGUAUCUCCUGGAUUCGUGAUGAAAACGGCGAAAUUGAAGAGUCCGAGAGUGGAGAACACUCCGUCGUCGACCCUCAGAAUGCGUCCGCAGCAGCGGUUCGAGACGAUGUCCGCAAUGACAAUGACCUGUGGAGCUGCGGCGGACAUCGUGACCGUUCCGUCUGAGCACAUCACUUUCUCGGAAGACAGCCGAGAAGCGAUGAUCCGAGUGACGAAUGUGUCCCCCCUGCACAUCAUGUUCGCCCUCAAGGUACUCUUUUUUCAAGUCACAGGCUCCAUAGUCCCUUUCAGACUAACGCGGACGCCUAUCUCAUCGCAGCCCCCACCACUGGCAUUCUGUUCAGCGGACAGACUAUGGUCAUGCGCGUCGGAGUGACGGACAACUACUUUGACGACUUCUCAGAUCCGGGAGUCUCUAUCGAUAAGGUACAAUAUCCACUCACUUUCCCUUUUUCAACAUUUUUCAGCUGGCAAUCGACUACGCUUCGAUCCCUCCGUCCCUCUCUUCCCUCGUCACUAAGUUCUCCCCGCAGGUUUUCCAAUCGCAAAACCGUCGUCGUCACGCCAUUCGUGUUUUCUAUCAAUGA